CACCACCACAUCGUAUUCUUUGCCCAGAUCCGUGCCUGCAUUGUCCUGGCUCUGGCCACCAGCGCCUUCGCUGGCUUCACCGGCGGCUACGGCCUCGGCCUUUCCCACUACGGCCUUGCUCAUGGCAUCGGCUACUCUGGUCUCGGCCUCGGCUACAGCUACGCCCCAGCUGCCAGCUACGCCGUCGCCGCCCCAGCUGUUACGCGCACCGUGUCCACCUACCACGCUGCUCCAGCCGUGACCGCCGUUCACGCUGCUCCAGUCGCCACCUACGCUGCUGCUCCAGCUGUGACCACUGUUGCCCACGCCGCUCCAGUCGCCACCUACGCUGCCGCUCCAGUUGCCACUUAUGCUGCUGCCCCAGCUGUGACCACUGUUGCCCACGCCGCUCCAGUCGCCACCUACGCUGCUGCUCCAGUUGCCACUUAUGCUGCUGCCCCAGCUGUUACCCGCACCGUGUCCACCUACCACGCUGCUCCCGCCGUGACCGCCGUUCACGCUGCUCCAGUCGCCACCUACGCUGCUGCUCCAGCUGUGACCACUGUUGCCCACGCCGCUCCAGUCGCUACCUACGCUGCCGCUCCAGUUGCCACUUAUGCUGCUGCCCCAGCUGUUACCCGCACCGUGUCCACCUACCACGCUGCUCCAGUCGCCACCUACGCUGCUGCUCCAGCUGUGACCACUGUUGCCCACGCCGCUCCAGUCGCCACCUACGCUGCUGCCCCAGUUGCCACCUACGCCGCUGCUCCAGCCGUCGCCACCGUUGCCCACGCUGCUCCAGCUGUGGCCACCACCACCGUCCACCACGCUGCCCCAGUCGCCACCGCUGUUGCCACCCCAGCUUUCGCUUCCUACCACGCCGCCCCAGUCUACGGCUACGGUGUUGGCUCCCUCGGCUACGGCGCUGGCCACUACGGUUUCGGUCACGGUCUCCUCGGCUAUGGCCUGAACUACGGCUAUGGUCUCGGCAGCGCCUACGACUACACCGCUCUCCUCCGCAGGAAGAAGUGUAAGUACUUCACGUACAUUGAAAUGCGUUGCUUGAAACAGUCUGACCACCACCACAUCGUAUUCUUUGCCCAGAUCCGCGCCUGCAUUGUCCUGGCUCUGGCCACCAGCGCCUUCGCUGGCUUCACCGGCGGCUACGGCCUCGGCCUUUCCCACUACGGCCUUGCUCAUGGCAUCGGCUACUCUGGUCUCGGCCUCGGCUACAGCUACGCCCCAGCUGCCAGCUACGCCGUCGCCGCCCCAGCUGUUACCCGCACCGUGUCCACCUACCAUGCUGCUCCAGCCGUGACCGCCGUUCACGCUGCUCCAGUCGCCACCUACGCUGCUGCUCCAGCUGUGACCACUGUUGCCCACGCCGCUCCAGUCGCCACCUACGCUGCCGCUCCAGUUGCCACUUAUGCUGCUGCCCCAGCUGUUACCCGCACCGUGUCCACCUACCACGCUGCUCCAGUCGCCACCUACGCUGCUGCUCCAGCUGUGACCACUGUUUCCCACGCCGCUCCAGUCGCCACCUACGCUGCCGCUCCAGUUGCCACUUAUGCUGCUGCCCCAGCUGUUACCCGCACCGUGUCCACCUACCACGCUGCUCCAGCCGUGACCGCCGUUCACGCCGCUCCAGUCGCCACCUACGCUGCUGCUCCAGCUGUUACUACUGUUGCCCACGCCGCUCCAGUCGCUACCUACGCUGCCGCUCCAGUUGCCACUUAUGCUGCUGCCCCAGCUGUUACCCGCACCGUGUCCACCUACCACGCUGCUCCAGUCGCCACCUACGCUGCUGCUCCAGCUGUGACCACUGUUGCCCACGCCGCUCCAGUCGCCACCUACGCUGCUGCCCCAGUUGCCACCUACACCGCUGCUCCAGCCGUCGCCACCGUUGCCCACGCUGCUCCAGCUGUGGCCACCACCACCGUCCACCACGCUGCCCCAGUCACCACCGCUGUUGCCACCCCAGCUUUCGCUUCCUACCACGCCGCCCCAGUUUACGGCUACGGUGUUGGCUCCCUCGGCUACGGCGCUGGCCACUACGGUUUCGGUCACGGUCUCCUCGGCUAUGGCCUGAACUACGGCUAUGGUCUCGGCAGCGCCUACGACUACACCGCUCUCCUCCGCAGGAAGAAGUGUAAGUGCUUCACGUACAUUGAAAUUCGUUGUUUGAAAGAGCGUGACGUUCAAUUAAAAGAGCGGUACUUGAGCUCAUACAAAAAAAAAUAAGAACAAUCACCGGCUGAUAUUGCUACUAUGCUUUAAAUAAGUCCGUCUUGUUUGCGCGAAUUACAGUUCUUUUCUGUCUUUAUUAAAUGUUUGAGGUGUUGUACACAAUGGAGUUAAGAGCUUAUAUCUGAAAGGCCACAUGCCGAACUUCAUACCAGUGGCUACAGUAUGCUGUGCAUGUACCAAUGGUCAAAAAGAGUUUGUUAUUGAUUAUGUGAAUUUUACAGCAUUAAGUGUAUUUUGAGAACAUUAUACUAAUCAAUAUUAUUUUGCUUA